AGGAAAUUAUGCAGCGGGAAGCCAGCGAGCCGGGUUUUAAUAAAAAUGAGGUUGGGGGGAACCCAUUUUCAUCAAAAAAAGCCAACGAGCCGGCCGGACGCGUCGCGGCCAAGAUUCCCAAGGGAAAGGAGCCCGUAACGUCCCAAUAUCAUGUACUCGAGUCAGCUGACGUGCCAGCGGCCCACAUCAACCUUAUCAUCGUCAGCGACGACGACGAUGAGGAGGAGGAGGAGGCGGCUAACAAGGUCGCCGCUGAGACCAACAACUCCUCUGUGAACAUCGUGGAUCCUCGUGUGGUAGCAGCUGUGGCGAUUGCGCCAGUCCCUCCUGCUGCGACUUCUGCACCGGCUCCAAUUACCCCGGUGGCCGGGGCGCCUAUGGCCUUUGCAACAGAUUCGGCUACCCCUGCUACUUAUGGCCAUGGCCAUGGCGCCGACGGCGUCUGCGCACGUGGGAUCAAAAGGCCACACGCUCAUGAUGCAAUCUUUGCACCGGCUCCGGGCGCGGGGGCGCCAGUGGGCUUUGCACCAGCUCUGGCUACCCCUGCUGCUUCCGAUCAUGGGAACAUGGGCAGGAUGGCCGAGGAACUGCAGGACAUCGAGGCCGUAUCCGCCUCCAUGGCCCAGGCGAUAUAUCGCCGCUCGGUGAGCGCCAGGUCGAACCUGCCACGGUGGGGGUGUCACGGCCUGCGAACCCCCAAGACCCGUUCGGCCCCUGCACAUUGCAGUUUGCCGAUGAAACGCAACACCACGGGACCAGCCCCUGCCUAUGCUGGUUCCUCAUCCCGUGCCCCUGUUGCUUCGGGCUCCUCAUUCCGUGCCCCUGCUGCUAAAAUCACCAGCUCCACUCCGGGCUCCACAUUCCGUGCUCUUUCCGCUAACAUCAGCAGCUCCGCUCCGGGCUCCUCAUCCCAUGCUCCUCCUGCUAAAAUCACCAGCUCCAUUCCGGGCUCCUCAUCUCGUGCCCCUCCUGCUAAAAUCAUCAGCUCCUCGGGCUCUCAUUCCGUGCCCUUCCUGCUAACAUCAGCAGCUCCGCUCCGGGCUCCUCAUCCCGUGCCCCUCCUGCUAAAUCACCAGCUCACUCGGCGCUCCCCAUUCUGUCCCUUCCUGCUAACAUCAGCAGCUUCGCUCCGCUCCUCAUCCCUUGCUCCUCCUGCUAAAAUCACCAGCUCUGCUCCGGGCUCCUCAUCCCGUGCCCCUCCUGCUAAAAUCAUCAGCUCCGCUCCGGGCUCCUCAUUCCAUGCCCUUCCUGCUAACAUUAGCAGCUCCGCCCCUCCUGCUAACAUCAGCAGCUCCGCUCCGGGCUCCUCAUCCCGUGCCCUUCCUGUUAACAUUAGCAGCUCCGCUCCGGGCUCCUCAUUAUGUGCCCUUCCUGUUGACAUCAGCAGCUCCGCCCCUCCUGCUAACAUCAGCAGCUCCGCUCCGGGCUCGUCAUCCCGUGCCCCUCCUGCUAACGUCAGCAGCUCCGCUCCGGGCAUGGCUAUGCCGGAGCAAGGGAAUGGGAUUCGUGGCUUCGUCCGCCUCUUCGGCGUCGACAUUGCCCUCGUCCGCCUCUUCGGCGUCGACAUUGCCCCGCGGGAGUAGGCGAUACUUAUGCAAGCGUUGCCGGAGGCUUGCAGCUCAGCAUGCUAGUCCGUUAGCUCGCUCAUGAUUCCCUGCUGCUGAUUCUCAAUCAGCGGCGAAAUAGUAUCUUUGCUUCCAUUAUUUACUUUCAAGAUGAUUGCUUCCGUUCAGAUUUUACAUAGUUCGUACCAGAGCUUUUAGCCUGUAUGUAGGCUUUCCAGAUUUAUCAGUUUUAUGAAUUAUUUCGAGUUUGAUUCUAGGGUUCAUACCGGAGCUUGUAGCCUUGUAGGCGUUCCAGAUUAACCAGCUGUAUGAAUCACUUCAGUUUAGAUUCUAGAGUUCAUACAAGAGCCUGUAGCCUUUUGGCUUUCCAGAUGUAAUCAGGUGUAUGAAUUAUCUCAUGGAAUAAAGUUAUAAGAGUUGUUUGAAUAACGCGUCUCUCGAAACAAGAAUUUGUCCAACUUUAUAUAUAUAAAGCCCAAA